AUGCCUUCAGCAGGAAUGGAGAUACUCGGGGUGACCCUGGCGGUCCUGGGGUGGAUCUCCUCCAUCGUAUCCUGCGCCUUGCCCAUGUGGAGAGUGUCGGCCUUCAUCGGGAACAACAUCGUCACGGCUCAGAUCACCUGGGAGGGUAUUUGGAUGAACUGUGUGGUCCAGAGCACGGGUCAGAUGCAGUGUAAAAUCCACGACUCCAUGUUGGCUCUGAGCGGAGAUCUCCAGGCCGCCCGCGCUCUCACCAUCAUCUCCAUCGUGGUGGGCGUCAUCGGGCUCCUGGUGGCCAUCAUGGGGGCCAAAUGCACCAACUGUGUGGAGGAAGACUCGGCCAAGGCUCGGGUCAUGAUCGCCGCCGGGGUGGCCUUCAUCGUUGCGGCUCUGACCCAGCUGAUCCCCGUGUCGUGGUCGGCUCACAGCAUCAUCAUGGAGUUCAAUAACCCCAUCGUCCACGAGUCCCAGAAGAGGGAGAUCGGAGCGGCUCUGUACCUGGGCUGGGCUGCUGCCGCCUUCCUGCUCCUCGGAGGGGGGAUCCUGUGCUCCAGCUGCCCCCCCCAGCCGGAGAAGAAGUACGGACCUCCGUCAAAGAUGGUGUACUCUCAGACCAGGUCAGUCGCUCCCAGCGGGUACGACAGGAGAGACUAUGUCUGA